GGCUAUAUCGUUUUAGUUUUGGCUGGCGCCGCCAAACAUUUUGGUCUGGUUGCCCCGAGCCUCUUUUUUUCUUUUUUUCUUUUUUCUUUUUCCGGAGUGACUCAAUCAUGAUUCUCAAGAUGGCUGGGGUGAUGCACUGGUGGUUUCAGAGAGAGAAAAGGCGCUUCUGAAUAAUGGCAGGAGCAGUGGCAAGGACGGCAGUGGGGUCUCCAGUGCCGAUGUGUGCAAAAAGUAUGACUUCAUCGUCAUCAGCUUUGAUGCAGUCGGUGCAUUGUCGAUCGCAAAGGAACUGCUGUCGAGGGGAGACAAUUAUGCAUGUGACAUGUCAGCAAAAGUUUUUCCCGGGACUCGAUUUCGCAUCUGUUGCAAGUUGUGAAAGACUAUGGGGAGGAAGUGCGGGAGAGAGGUGCUCUAAGUUAUCUGUGGGAACAAGCAGUUGGCAGAGAUGGAAGCGCGGAGGAGCUUUGGAAGGAUCAUCCGGAAAGAGUUUGUGCCUGUCUUCUAGUGGAGGGGGAGUUGCAAGAAGGGAAGGGCAAGGAGAGAAGAGGGGAAGGAGAAAGGGGAGAGUGAUGACAUCUGGAGGAGCGUGCUUUGCCUCUAGUGGAGAGAAACCGGCAGCACAAAGCUCGACCUCGCCCACCACAACCACAGCAAUGCAGCCGAAGGUAACUGAAGAUACAGGUGAGUAUAGCAGGGGCAGAACCCUACAGAAAGUGAAGGUGGUUUUAGGACCUUAUAAAGGUGGAGUAAUCAAGGUGAAAGCCACAAAACAUGAGGUCACAGAUGAAGAAGUGGAGAGAGCAUUUAAGGAGAAAAGGGAGAAGACCCAUGAAUUCGAACGCAUAAACUUCACCGGCUCUGGAGCCAAGCUGGGGCACACUGUGAAGAUUAAUUUUGAGGGAAAGUAUGCUGAAGGACCCAAGUCAGGGCAACUUAUUCAAGGCACGAAGGCCGAUAUGUACGACCUCGAGCUUAAGGAACGACCAGAUUAUCCAUGGAAACGUUUUGUCGAAGAGAUUACAGGUACUGGCAUGGGCCAGGAAGAGAGUAAGACCUUCAUGGUCGUCUUUCCACCUGACUUCAAGGCUCCGCACCUCCGGAAUGUUAAGGCCAGAUUCACGGUCACUGUGAAGGCCAUCGGCGUAAAGAAGGAAUUGCCGAAGGAUACCAGGCCUGAGCACGAGCAGAGGGAAGAGAUCAAGGAUGAACUCGUUGCAGCAGAGGAAAGAAAGAGCAAUGCCCAGAUCGAUCCAGAAAUACGCUCCGCGCUUCUCGAGUCCUCUGAAGCUGAUGUUGACAAAAUUGCCUCCAAUGUUUCUUGGGCUAAAUUUGGGGAAAACUCGCUCAAGGACUUUAAAUGGAACCUUCUCAUGGAAGAGGUUGCACGGGUUGAAAAUAUCGCAUUUGAAGACGUCAUGCCCUUUCUCCGGCGAGAAGCAGAUAUCAGUUACACGUUAAUCUGAUUUGAUUUUGAUUUGGUACAUUGAUUCAAUCAAUCAAUCAAUCAAUCAAUCAAUCAAUCAAUCAAUGGAUUAAUUGGUUGGUCAAUGCGUUGGCAGGUCAGUGCAUUGAUUACUUGAUUGCGCAAAUGCUCAGCUUGUUUUUUUUGGUGAACUUAUUUGUCCUCAUCAGGAGGAAGAGGAGGAGGAAGAAAAGGACACAAAGAUGCAGGCAGACACAGAGCAUGUCUUUCAGGUCUUGACAUGUUUUUUGAACUUUUUUCACUGGGGAGACAGAUCGCUUAUCGAAUCUCGAAUAUUCUCGAUUCCUGUUCUCGUUAUCACAUUCUUCAACUACUUCAGAUGUCAUUUUUUCCUUAAAACACGGAUAUUCGGUCUGGAAAUGUCUUCAGCCUUUCACUAAAAUUUUACUGACCUUACCUGUUAGAUUUUCCCUGAAAGACUGCGGAAUGUGAUCACAUCU